AUGGCCGCAGUUCAUGAUACAAUUGUCGCCGGCGCUUUCCAGGGUUGGACGCCUGGGUUCUACGACAAGAACGAUAGAUACUACGUUCCCUCCAAGGAUGUCGACGUCUCAAAAUUCAAAGAUUUUAGUCUGAGAAGCCAUGACCCCAUGCUGGGGAUGACAGUCUACGACCAGGGAGCACUCAACUCGUGUGUGGCCAACGCAAAUGCCUUGGCGUACUGGUAUGAACUCCGCAAAGCCACCAACAAAACCUUGGAGGUUGAUGGCCCCUCACGAUUCUUCCUGUGGUGGAAUGCUCUGGAAGGCGAUCUCACGGACGGAUACGCAAAACGUGGGCCUCUCCAGAACACGGGUACUUGGAACCGCCACGCGAUGAAAAUUCUCAACAGGAUUGGUGUCUGCUCUGACGCAAUGCAACACUAUCCGCCUUCUCCAGCACAAACAAAAAUGACUAAAGACCAGUACAGCAAGUUCAUCCAAGACACACUUGCCCAGAAGCCCGAGGACAAAUGUUAUGAUCAAGCCGAGACACACAAAAUUGGAGCCUACUUUCGAUUGGACGCUGAUCGCGCCAUUGACACGGGGCGCCAAUCAAGGUCUGUGGAUGAAAUGAACGCGGUCGGCGAGAUCUGCUUGGACAAUGUCAAGCGGUGUUUGCUCGACGAGCAUCCCGUGGUUCUCGCGUUCCGAUUUUACUGGGAGAGCAUUCCAUGGGACAAGAGCACAGGCGAAAUCUGGUCCUUGCCGAAUCUUUGGGCUGGAAAGGAUGGUCAGCCUCCGCUGGUGCAAUCCAGACACACUCCGCCGGCCCAGAACCAUGGAGGCCAUGCCGUCAUCGCGAUUGGUUACGACGACAAGAUCCAGAGAAUCCUUUGCCAGAAUUCCUGGGGUUCUGGCACAAGAAGUUUUCCGAGCAAGGGAGGACUCUUCUGGAUGCCAUACGACUGGGUCAAGGACUUUGCUGCGACCAACGACUUUUGGACCUGUCGGCUGGAGGACUCGGACAACUUCAAAAGUAUGAGUGAAGAGGAAAUCAAUCAGCGUGUACAGAACAAGAUCAAGGAAAUGACAGGACAUUAA